GACGUUUCAUACCGCUUUCGUUUCAGUCUUUGGCCGCUUUGUUGUUCACUUCACUGAUAGUGAUAAUGAUAGUAUUUUUUACCGGGCCGUACAGGUGAGGUGACUUCGCCAUUCUUCGUGUCUAAAAAUAAACAAGCGCUAGAAAAAUGCCGUCCAUCGCCGGAAAAUACCAGCACUAUAAAAAUGAAGAUAUUGAUGAAUAUUUCACAGCAGUCGGUGUACCAUAUAUGGGGCGAAAAAUGAUGUCUAUGUCAUCUCCUGUUAUGGAAAUUACCUUAGAAGGAGAAACUAUGACAAUUAAAAAUUCUUCCUUAUUGAGAACAACUGAAUAUAAAUUCAAAUUAGGCGAAGAAUAUGUUGAGAAUAUGCCGAAUACUUCAAUAAAGAGCGUAACCAUUCUUGUAAACGAUCAUGAAGUUCAGACGAAUUCAGUAAUCCCUGAAAACGGUGCGAAAUGUGGACGCCAUUACCUCUUCACUGAUGAUGAAUGCAUUAUUACACUGACACAUGACAACGCUAAGCCUGGGAAGAGAUACUUCAAAAGAAUUAACUAAAUAUUACGAGAAAAAAUUAAGCAUACUAUUGUUUGGAUACGCACUGAUUAUUGAAGAUAUUUUUUUGACUCUGACUCAUAGACACACAGCUAUUUAUCUAUUUAUAAGCACAUAAUAUUAAGUUUUCAAAAAUGAUCUUAUAUUAUAAUGAUCCGUAGGCAUUCUAGAAGUAAGCUAAAAUGUAUACUUAGAUUAUUCUGCCAUGUGUAUAGCUUAAUCAAUAGGGUUGUGUCCAAUUUUUUGAAACGCUUGUAUUACGUUCUAUACUAACUAAAAGUAUAAGUUUUUAUAUUUUUACUUUUUUAUAUGUACCAACUUUAAAUCUUCAUAUAAAUGAAAUCGUAUAAUUUAAAUUAAUAAAUAUUUUAUACAAUACGCAAUGUUUUCUUAAGUAAUCCUUGCAUUAUUUUUUAUUAUCCAGAUAAAAAAUUAUACGCACACACUAAACAUCACUUGCUCGUACAACUUGUGCAAGCUUGCCAGAAAACCUUAGUUGAAAGCAUGAAAGUUACUUUGAGACCGUUCAGGGAUGAUGCUUACAAGAAACUUAGGGAAAUGUGUUAUUAAAGUUUGUGCAGAAAGAGAAGAGUCGUGGAAUAUAUUAAAUUAUUAGGAACCAAUACAUUCACUAAUCUUUAUGCAGACUCUACGUUUACAUGUCUUCAUUUUCAAUAGGUUACCUAUAUAUGUAUAUAUACACGUAUAUAUAUAUAUGUGUAUAUGUAUAUGUAUGUACCUGUAUAUGUAUAAUGUAACUCUAAUCAUUAAUAAAACUAAAUGUGCUUAGGUGGAUAGUUAUUUAUUAUUGACAACCUCCUAUUUUUUGGUGGGCUUAUUUUAAAAAUAACUUAACCUAAGUGUAUUUCUACCAAUGUAAUUAUCUUAAGAUAAAGUGAUAUAUGUAUAAUGUAAAGCGAUUAAUUGAACUGUUUGACGUGUAAAUAUGUUGUGUUUAUAAAUAAACGAAAUGAAAUUAAAUUAAAUUGAAAUUUAAGUGUA